GAUGCAACUUCUGGGCUUCUUUCCUUGAUGGGUCUUCUUCCCGCGAUGACAGUAUUCUUUAUAAACGCCUGCACAUGGGGAUGCGAAGACAUCUUGAAGGUUAUCGCUAGAGCCUUCAACAGUCCAGUUCAUGUCGACCGUUACGAGCAUGCGGUCUUCUCACGCAUACCUGGCGAUCCGCUGCCACGAUCCAUCAUCACAUGUGAUCCUAGUGGCACACGAUUCCACGUUUGCGAACGCUUUGACCCAUACGAGUACGUCAGCCACGGGCAAGAAAAUUGUGUACAUCAAUCCCAUCAAUCCUGUCACAAUGGGCGUCACCAGCCGGGGGACCUCUACGUAAGGAAAACAAAGGCGAGGUUGGCUCAAGGCGAGAUCAUCAACCAUCUCUCAGUGCCUCUUUCGCGACAUUCGCCCCUGCCGGAACUGAAAGUGUUCGUCUCCAUAUUCAAACCGAAGUGCGUGAUCCCGGACACUCUCGAUCCGACACUCAAGGGGCUUCAUUGGGCGUGCAUC